AUGCCAAAACACCAGUAUUUUGGGGCAAAAUCAAAGGACAGGCAAACCACACAGAUCCGAAGUAGAUCUGAAAACUCCAAUCUGCAAAUCAGAAACACAAAACCAAACAAAGAAAACAAAGAGGGAGGGGAGGGGCGAGUAGAAGGAGAAGAUGAGGAAGGGGGGAAAGGGAUUGGAGGGGAGAGGAGGGAUGCUGGAAUUCCUUAG